AGUUAAUCUGACGACGUAGUUUGUGAGGCGCAGCUAACGAUAGACAUUCAAGGGCGAUCGUUUGUGUGCCCAUGUGCUUCCUUUUGUCUCAGCACUGCGUCCCUCAGGUGCUGCUUUGUCCUCACCACCGUCACGAUCAUCCCGCGUUGUCUGUAGAAGUGAUGGCAUGUCCUCCUACGGACUUGGUGUGUACUGGAGUGAUGUGUGUAGUAUUGUGUGGUUAAUAAGGUUAUAUGGUGUAUUUACAUGGGUAUAGAAGUAACCUGUCACCGAUUGUGUUGUGUCCUGGACUGUAAUGUGGUGAUGCAAUCCGGUGGGCUGGAUGGGCGAAUUCCAGUCUUUGUCUUCCCUCAGUCAUUAACGUUUUAUGUGGACGACAGUAACACUCACAGGCAGAUUCUGACACUCUACAACCCAUAUGACUUUCACAUUUCCUACAAUGUAUUGUGUAACAAUCCAGUGUGCUAUGAUGUGGAGUCCAGCAGUGGUGUGUUGUAUGCAAAAUGCUCAGUGGGCAUCAUCGUGAAAAGAUCAAAUCUCUCACUUAAUGAAGCUCGGGAGAGGGAUUGUCUGCGCAUCGUCAUCUAUGAGGAGGGAACUAAACAUAUCAUAGGGAAGAAGGACAUCUUUGCCACCCUACAAGCUGGCUCCCCAAGUCCUGAAAGUGGGAGCGAUAUUGGCAAGUUUGAAUCCGUCCGGGGAAGGGUGCGGUCCGGUUCAGGGGAUCCCCAGGAAUCCCAGUCCAGCAACAGACUUGAGCAGCAGCCAUUCAUACCUACCCAUGCACACCCUGGGCCAAGCCUCCUCCUGGUUAGUGGUGCAGUGGUGUGCCUGGCAGGACUCCUUAUGCCUACGCUAGGGGAAGAUGAGCCCACGAUGGUGCCUCCUUACCUGCACCUCAGCUCCAACAUCAAAAUUGUCCUUGCUUAUACCCUUGGACUGCUGACCUAUGCUAUCCUGAAACCCAUUUAACAUUUGGCUCGACGGGGAAGUACAAGUGUGUUAGUGGCAUCAAACCCACCGCCUUCAAGAUACAAAGAAAACAAGAAACAUUACAGAAUGUUUCAGUGAAUAAUUUUAGCUGAUGCAAUUUCCUCUCUCUAUAGAGACUAACAUUCUAUUUUCUACGCAUUAUAAAAUCUCUUUGUCAUAAGAUAUUAGCUUUGUAGCAUUUUUUACAUAUAUUUAAUGUAAGAUGUAUUAAUUGGGAGAAUUUUAUAUUACUAUUUAGUGCUACAAAAGGGGUACAUACUGCAGUGGGUUGUUUGGUAUUGUGUCUCCUCAUGUAUGCUCUGUGUGCAUGUUGUGUGCGCAUGUGUAUGCACACCAGAUGGAGGCCUUUUUAUUUUUUUUUUUUUUUUUUUUUUUUUUUUUUUUUUUUUCCUCACUGCUUUCAUUGGCCAUGUAAUGUAAUGUACUGUAACAUUGGCUAUGUGUAGUUUUGAACUUCAAUCCUGUAAUGAUGUGUUCUGGAAGAGAUGAAUGUGCUGCCUGUCAUCUUGGUCUAUACAAUAACAAGGAUGUCUCACCAUAUAGUAUUCAUGACUUCACCAGCUGAUAGGAUACUCCAAGAGAGUGUGUUGAGGACCUCAUGCCUUGCAGGGUCUUCCAGGAGUAUGCUUAUGACUUCAUCACUAGGUAGGGUCUUCCAGGAGUGUGUGUUCAGGACUUCAUAUACCUGGCAGGGUCUUCCAGGACAGUCUGUAGGACUACACCUGGCGGAAUCUUUCAGGGGAGUUAGGAAAGAUCUUGCCAUAAUGUAUAAACUGCUACAACGAGAAGGCAGACUCAGUUCAGGAUGAGCCUCCACCUGCAGGGCCUCCACACCCCAAGCUGGGACAGCCUGAGGAUGUGUGAGGGGCUUGGGGGCUCCUGCAGCGUGCUCAAGUCUGUAUGCAAAUUGCAGCUGUGACGAUAUGCAACCAAUAUGUAUUAUGCAAUAGUGGUAGAUGUUUACAAAUUGUAGCUCCACCAUCAUCACCCUCACUUGACAGAUCAUGAAUAUCACUGAAUUGUAACAUAAGAUUUAUAUACAUAUAUAAAUACAUAUAUAUAAAUUUAAUUUUAUCUUUUGUAUGGCUUGUGAUGGAGUAAUACCAUGUAAGUAUGGUGUCUUGAAAUCUUUUAUGUAGCUAUAUUUUAUUUUAUACCAAGCAACUCAUCAUGAAGUAUUAAAUGUAUACUUUAA